AUGGUCCAACAUGAUGCGGUUUACACUAUGGCCAAACAUGGGACUUCCUCGUCGCCCUUUGAUAUCACCAGGAUUCGAAAUAUCGGCAUCUCGGCUCACAUCGACAGUGGCAAAACAACAGUUUCCGAACGCAUUCUUUUCUACACGAAUCGGAUCUCCUCAAUGCAUGAGGUGCGCGGGAAGGAUGGAGUUGGCGCGGUGAUGGACUCAAUGGAGCUGGAGCGUCAGCGAGGCAUUACCAUCCAAUCAGCGUCGACGUAUACCUCGUGGCGCGGUCACACUAUCAACCUCAUUGACACACCGGGUCAUGUAGACUUCACAGUGGAAGUAGAGCGUGCUCUACGUGUUCUUGACGGUGCUGUGCUCAUUCUUUGCGCUGUAGGUGGUGUGCAGAGUCAGACACUUACGGUAGAUAGGCAAAUGAAACGCUAUCAGGUUCCAAAGGUGGCCUUUAUCAACAAGGUUGACCGUAUGGAUGCCAACCCCUAUCGUGUAGUCAAACAAAUGCGCGAUAAGCUGCGUUACCACUCGGCCUUUGUGAACAUCCCCAUCGGCUUGGAAUCAAAGAACGUGGGUAUAGUUGACCUCCUUACGGAAAAGGCCAUCUAUUUUGACGAGCCACAAGGCUUGACUCUCCGUGAAGAGGAAAUUCCCAAGGAUAUGAUGGCAGAGGCAAGGGACCGUCGCAGUGAAAUGAUUGAGUGUUUGGCCAACGCGGAUGAAGAGAUAGGCGAAGCCUACCUGUCAGAAGAGCCUCUCUCGGUAGAGCAGUUGAAGGCAGGUAUACGGAGAGCUACCCUGGCCCACCACUUCACGCCGGUACUGGUGGGCACGGCACUUAGGAAUCGUGGUGUGCAGCCCCUCAUGGAUGCGGUGGUGGACUACCUGCCCAACCCCUUGGAAGUCAAGAACUACGCCCUGCUUGAAAAGGAAGGACAAACGGAGAAGGUUCUCUUGGACGGGUCUCGAACAUCUGAUGCGCCGUAUUUGGGUCUCGCUUUUAAACUUGAGGCUAGCAAGUUCGGCCAGCUGACUUACACGCGAGUGUACCAGGGCUGUCUACGACGCGGCGAGUCGGUGCGCAUCACUCGCACGGGCAAGAAGGUGCGGGUGCCGCGUCUCGGGCGCAUGAAUGUGGACACCUUCGAGGAUCUCGAGGCGGUCUACGCUGGCGACAUCGCCGCUCUUUUUGGCGUUGACUGCUCCUCUGGCGACACCCUCGUAUCUCCCAGCAGUCCUAUGGAAAACCUCUCCAUGGAGUCGAUGUACAUUCCAGAGCCGGUGGUGUCUAUGUCCAUUACACCUGUGGAUAAGCACAACGUAGACGGCUUCAGCAAGGGUUUGGCACGUUUUACCAAGGAGGAUCCCACCUUCCGUCUUUGCCACGAUCCCGAGAGUGGCCAGGCGCUGGUCUCAGGCAUGGGCGAACUGCACUUGGAGAUAUACGCUCAACGUUUGGCUCGUGAGUACAACACACCCUGUGUUCUGGGCAAGCCAAAGGUCGCCUUCCGCGAGACCCUCCUUGAACCGGUGCCCUUCGACUACUUGCACAAGAAGCAAUCGGGCGGCGCGGGCCAGUACGGUCGGGUGAUUGGGCUGCUGGAGCCGCUGCCGAUGGAGCAGAAUACGCAAGUGCUCUUCUCUGACGAGACAAUGGGUACCAAUAUUCCCAAGCCCUAUGUCCCUGCCAUCGAGACGGGCUUCCGGGGCAUCUGUGAGGCCGGCGGCAGCCUGUGCGGUGCCAAGGUGGUAGGAGUGCGCUUCCGACUUCAGGACGGUGCCCACCACUGCGUCGACAGCAGUGACUGGGCCUUCCAACAGGCUGCUGAAGGCGCCAUGCGACAGACGUUCGAGCGAGGUAACUGGACCAUCCUCGAACCGAUCAUGUUGGUGGAAUGCACGGCACCGGUGGAGUUCCACGGCCAGCUUCUCAGUUCCGUGACUCGACGCAAUGGUCUCAUUGUGGACACCGAUGUCAGUGACGCAUAUGCUCGGGUUGUCGCUGAGGUCCCCCUAAACGACAUGUUCGGCUACGCAGGAGAGCUGCGAGGGCUGACUGAAGGCAAGGGAGAGUACACGAUGGAGUACUGUAAAUACUGUCCCGCCCGCAGCGACACCAUCGAGGAAGUGAUUGCGGAGGCUGAGGCGGGAAAGGCGAACUCUGGUGUUGCCAACGCCGCUGUCAAGAGUAAAAAGAAGAAGCGCAACUAG